AUGGCUACCAAUCCUCUCGAUUUAUUUCUUCCCGAGCAACAACUUUCUACUUCAAACGACGGAGAAAAACAACAGAACAUCUUUCCAGCCUUACAACUGGACAAUCCCCAACCUACCAUUCCCAUUCCAUCUUCACAACCUCCUAUCAUGGGUCCCCCACCUCCAGCUAACUUCGGCUUAAGCACCGAAGAUCCUAAGUUGACUGGUCUUUACUCCAGCUCAGGAUUCGAUAUGGCUUCCAUCCUUGCAAAGGUUGUAUCACGCCCGAAUCCUCAAAUCAAUAUUGGUCCUAUUGACAUGUCGUGUUCUUUUCUUGUAACCGAUGCUCGUCAAUAUGAUUUUCCAAUCGUUUAUGUUUCUCCCACAUUUGAGAAGCUCACUUCUUACAAAACAAAUGAGAUUAUCGGUCGCAACUGCCGCUUCUUACAAUCUCCUGAUGGCCAUGUAUCAAUGGGCUCACGCAGACGUUACACCGACAAUAACGCUGUCUUUCAUUUGAAAGCACACAUGUUGCAAGGAAAGGAAACACAAGCUAGUUUAAUCAACUAUCGGAAAGGCGGACAGCCUUUCAUCAACCUUAUCACAAUUAUACCCAUCACUUGGUAUGACGAUGAGGUUGCUUUCUUUGUUGGGCUGCAGGUGGAUCUUGUGGAGCAGCCCGACGCCAUUAUGGAAAAGAUGAAAGACGGUACUUAUCAUAUCAACUACCAGUCUUACAAUAUACCCCCUUACUUGCCUGGCGCAUUUGAAGCUCCUGAAGUUGAUCAGUAUUUUAGAGAUAUCCCCACAUCCACUCCUUUCCCUGCUUCUGAAGAAGUUUUUGACCUUAUCGAUUGUCGCGAAGAUCAUGACAAGGCCAAAAGCAUGUGGAACCAGCUCUUGUUAGACCAAUGCGAUGACUUUGUCCAUGUCCUCUCGCUUAAAGGUCUUUUCCUUUACUGUUCACCAGCUUCUAUGAAACUCCUGGAAUACGAACCUGAUGAACUUGUUGGUCGUUCCUUGAGCACUAUUUGCCAUCCAUCUGAUAUUAUUCCUGUUAUCAGAGAACUAAAGGAGGCGUCCAAUGGCGAAGCUACGGUCAACCUGGUUUACCGUGUCCGUCGCAAGCAUUCUGGUAUCAUGUGGAUGGAAGCACAAGGACGAGUGCAUGUUGAGCAAGGAAAGGGACGUAAAUGCGUUAUACUCUCUGGUCGUGAACGACCUGUCUAUCAUCUCAUCUGGAAUGAUAUUAUGAGCGCAACUAAUCUGGCCAAGGAACAGUAUACAUUGACGAAUAGCGCAACCGAACAGCCAUCUUCGCCCUCCUCAAGUUCUACGGCUUCUACUAAAGGAUUGUCUCAUACCGAGUUCUGGUCAAAGCUCAGUCUCGACGGUUUGAUUCUUUAUACAGCCACCAGCUGUCAAAAGGUGCUUGGCGUCGAUCCCGAUACCUUGAUUGGGUCGUCACUUUAUCAAGUCAUUCCACGCGAUCGUACCAACGAAUUGUCUCUAGCAUUGAAAGAAGUUAGGGAAGGCAAAACGGUCAACCUGAUGCACAAAAUGCAAAAUAAGCGCGGCUACUAUUGUAUGGUGCAGUCAACCCUCUACCCUGGUGAUGUUAGCAAUGGAAUUGGCCGUCCAAGCUUCAUUGUCAUGCAAACUCGUGACUUGGAUCCUCAAUUGUCCUCUGUAUCAAGUUCGGCAACCGGAUCAAGUGCAUCUUCUGGUUCUCUCGCUUCCCCCACUGAAGAAGCGUCUUUAAGCCGCUCUAUCCUGAGUACGCAAGAUGUGCCAUCCGAACCUUUUGUUGCUGAUGCCAACAUUUUCGAAGAAUUGGAACCUGUUCGUGGUACCAGCUGGCAGUACGAACUCCAUCAACUUCGUUUAACCAACCGUAAACUUAAGGAUGAACUUGAGGCCCUUACUUCCACUGGAAGUAAGAAGAGCAGAGGCAAAAAGGCAGAAGAGCAGAAGAUUUGUGCCCAAUGCCAUCGUCAAGAUUCUCCCGAGUGGCGCAGAGGCCCCAAUGGUCCCAAAGAACUCUGCAAUGCCUGCGGUUUGCGAUAUAAAUCCAUGUAUAAGAAGGCCAAUCGGUUACAGGAACAGCAGCAACAGCGCGAGUUAGGCAGUAAUAGUUCGAUGGAAUCCACUGACGCUGACCAAUAA